AUUUGUGUACUCUCCACGAAUAAUCGAAGCUCAUUACUAUUCCCACAAAUAUCCAUCGAUAAAAUACCGCGGAAUUUUAUCAAAUAUAUACAUAUAUAUCUAAGUGAUUAGUUAUUCAAGCAUACAUUAUGUGGUCGAAAGAAUAUCGUGUUCUACAUUUCAUGGUAAUUUUUUCAUUAAGUUUUAUGGAUUUGAAUAAAAAUUUCGUUAAUGGAAUGAAUAAAUUUCCAAGCGACUUUAUAUUUGACGUGGCUACGUCCGCUUAUCAGACAGAAGGGGCCUGGAAUGCUUCAAAUAAAGGUGAAUCGAUUUGGGAUAAGAUGAUCCACGAGCAUUCGUACACUAUCGAUAAUCAAAGUAAUGCUGAUAUUACCACUAAUUCUUACUAUGUGUAUAAAACUGAUAUCGAUCUUGCUAAACAAGUUGGAGCCAAUGCAUACAGAAUAUCAAUAUCUUGGCCCAGAAUUUUACCUGGUGGUUUUAACAAUAAAAUCAAUCAAGACGGCAUUGACUUCUAUAAUGAUAUGAUUAAUCAAAUGUUAAGUAAGACUAUCACGCCCUAUAUAACGUUGUUUCAUUGGGACUUGCCUGAAAAAUUACAAGAACUAGGUGGAUGGACUAAUUCUUUGAUGGUUGACUGGUUUGUUGAUUACUCUAGAGUCGUUUUUGAUACUUUUGGAGACAGGGUCAAACAUUGGUUUACAUCCAAUGAACCGAAUUUCUAUUGUAUGUUCGGUUAUGAUGGAUUAUUUCCACCCCGAAUCAACCAAUCUGGAAUUGCCAGUUACAUUUGUGGUCACAAUGCAUUACUGGCCCACGCAAAAACAUACAGAUUGUAUAAUGAACAAUUUCGGAACAAACAACGAGGUACGGUCUCAUUAGUGGUUUCAGUAAUGUGGUUUCAUCCGGGAAAUUUAAAUGAUACUAAUGAAUCUCAAGCAGCGAUGCAAGCAACAGAUUUCUGGAACAGCUGGUUUAUAAACCCGAUAUUUUCAAAAGAAGGCGGCUAUUCCAAAAUAAUGAAAGACAGAAUUUCAAUGCACAGUUCUGUCCAAGGAUUUCGUCGCUCAAGACUGCCUAGUUUUACUAACGAGCAAAUUGAUUUGAUAAAAAACUCAUCCGAUUACUUGGCAAUAAUUUUUUACCGCAGUCUGAGAUACGUUGAAUGGCCGGAUAAAGAUAUUAAAUCUACGAUUUCAUACUUCGCCGACAUUGGCAUCAAACUUAGCUUGGGUCUUGAGGAUGAUUUUCUGAAACACUAUGGCCCACUUUGCAGCAUCAGAUGUGAUCCAUGGGCCUUUUCAGCGCUCAUAAAUGACUUGAACAAAAAGUACAACAAUCCACAGAUGUUAAUCGCUGAAAUCGGCUUCAAAGAUGAUGGCCAAUUGGACGACAAACAACGCGCCGAAUACUUCCGCCUUCAUUUCAUUGAAAUACUGAAGUUAAUAACCCAAGGCUCUAAAAUAAUGGGAUUGUUCACUUGGUCUCUUAUUGAUGUUUUCGAAUGGACUGCGGGUUACACACAUAAAUACGGACUUUAUUCAGUUGAUUUCACAAAUCCUCAGCGCCCGCGAACGCCUAAAAUGUGGUCUACUGGCUUUGUGACUCAGACUUAUAAAACUAGAGCUAUACCACCGCCAUCUUGGACUAAAUAAUUUAUAG